CCACUCCUACUACUUCCUCUAUAUAAACCAUCCCACUUUCUCUCUUCCAAUUUCAUUCCUUCAUUCCCCCAAAUAUACAGGCCACAAACAAAGCCAAACCCACAAUGGCAUCAUCUCCCACAUUAUUGCUCUCCAUGAUCCUCACUCUCUCCUCUCUCCUUCUCCCUUCCUUCAUUUCCUCCUCCCCGGUCCACGACCCCGAUCUCGUCGUACAGGAAGUACACCGGGCAAUAAAUGCGUCGAGGAGGAAGCUAGGGUACCUUUCGUGCGGAACCGGGAACCCGAUCGACGACUGCUGGCGGUGCGACCCGAACUGGGAGAAGAACCGGCAGCGUCUCGCCGACUGCGCAAUCGGGUUCGGCAAAAACGCCGUCGGCGGGCGUGACGGCAAGAUCUACACCGUCACCGACCCGAGCGACGACGACGCCGUGAACCCCAAACCGGGGACCCUCCGCCACGCCGUGAUCCAGGACGCGCCGCUGUGGAUCAUCUUCGCGCGUGACAUGACCAUCCGGCUCAAAGAGGAGCUGAUCAUGAACUCGUUCAAGACAAUCGACGGCCGAGGCGCGAGCGUACACGUGGCGGGCGGGCCGUGCAUCACGGUGCAGUACGUGACGAACGUGAUCAUCCACGGGAUCAGCAUCCACGACUGCAAGCAAGGCGGGAACGCUUACGUGCGGGACUCCCCACGGCACUACGGGUGGAGGACCGUAUCGGACGGCGACGGCGUCUCGAUCUUCGGCGGGAGCCACGUGUGGGUGGAUCACUGCUCGCUGUCCAGCUGUAGGGACGGGCUGAUCGAUGCGAUCCGUGGGUCCACGGCGAUUACCAUAUCUAACAAUUACAUGAACCACCACGACAAGGUCAUGUUGCUGGGCCACAGCGAUGGUUAUACGCAGGACAGGAACAUGCAGGUCACAAUCGCGUUUAAUCACUUUGGUGAAGGUCUCGUUCAGAGAAUGCCUAGGUGUAGGCAUGGUUACUUCCAUGUGGUGAACAAUGACUACACACAUUGGGAAAUGUAUGCCAUUGGAGGGAGUGCUAAUCCGACCAUCAACAGCCAAGGGAACCGGUUCGUUGCUCCUAAUGAUAGGUUCAGUAAAGAGGUAAUUAGUUAAUUACAUUAUACAUAAUGAUGUGAUUUACGCUUUUUUUUCCGAACUUUUUCGAAUUAUUUCGGUUUCGUCGGUUCGAUCGAUUUUAUGAUUUCGUAACUCGUGACGCAGGUGACGAAAUACGAGGAGGCGCCGGAGAGCGAGUGGAGGCAUUGGAAUUGGAGGUCGGAGGGGGACUUGAUGCUGAACGGGGCGUUCUUCACGGCGUCGGGAGCCGGUGCGUCGUCGAGCUAUUCCAAGGCGUCGAGUCUUGGAGCGCGGCCGUCUUCGCUUGUGGGUUCGAUUACGGUUGGCGCGGGUGCACUCACUUGCAGAAAGGGCUCACGUUGCUAGCCGAUGGAUGAAGAUUGAUGGAUGGAUGAUACGUAAAUUAAUUGGGCCUUCAAAGUUGGGGGGACCUCAUUUAUUAGUUUAGAAAAAGUGUGGGGGUAAUUAUGGAGAAGUGGAGAAAAAGGGGGUCUGGGACAGUAAUUUUACAGCUCGUUGGGUUGGAGUAAGGGGAUUAAAUGAUGAUUGUGAAAGUGGCGGUGGGGAAUUGAAGGGGAUGAAAAGUCUUGCCCGCUUCACAAUGUUGUCCUUUGGUUUGUUCUUGGGAUUCAUUUGAUUAAGAGAUUCCGUUGUGAGGAAUAUGAAAUCGAUGAAUUUCUAAAAGGACUUAAAGAAGAAGGAAGACAAGUCCAAAAAGUGUUGAUACGUGAAAAUGUAUGUUAUGAAUAUAGUGUACUUCGUUUUCUUCUCGUUUGCAAUCAUGAGUAAUGCUUCUAAUCUCUGCGCAUGGUAUCAAUAGCUCGUCCCUCUAAUUAGCCUUACAUUUGCGUGAAAAUGCUCCUGGUGGCCAGUUAAUGUACUUUCACUAUGUUGACUUCUUCCCCCCUCUUUAUUACGAGUUUGCUAAUGAUGCUUAUGUCCAUAUUGACAUCGA